ACACUCCGAUCACUUUUAUAGUUUCCUUUGCUUUCAUUUUUAGCAUAUUAUUUAGGAUGGUUAUAUUUGUACGUAUUGAUAUGAAAUAUGGAAGAUUCUGUGGAUUCUAAUGUUUUGUUGGUUGUUCCAUCAUCUAUUGAGGACAGUGUUCCUGUUGGUGGAGACAAUCCACUAGGAAUUUCAAGCAAAACUCUUCAUCCAGCAACUGCUUCUAUCUCAAUUGAAGCUGGAACAGACUCAUUCUCCUGCUUCCAACUGUCUGGAGGAGAGACUCAGGAUUCAAAGUCAGAAUCUUCUGAAAGUUUACAUAUUGAUGAAAGAGAUGUAGACAUUAUACCUCAAUCCCCUAAAGAAUUGCAUAUCGAAUUGAGUGAUACUCCAAGUGCUCAUUCGAAUUCGAACACAGAACCUAACGAUUCAUAUCAGAAUUGCGACUGUCUCGACAUGGAUCCGGGGAAAAUGUCUCCUGAUUUAAUGGCAACGAGUGAAGGUUCACUUUCUUCAUCAAACCCUGUUAUCACGUCACAACCUGAUGAGUAUGUUCAACAAGCUUCUCCAAGCCUGGAAUUUACGUCGCCAAAGUCACAGUCCCAGAGUCCUACUUUACAACCCAAUACUGUGAAUCCUUAUGAAGCGGACACAGAAUCAUACACACCAUCUGACUUCCCUCCUCCAGCGAAUCUGGAAGAACCGAGUCGCUUUUCAAACUUUUUAGGGACUUGUGCAAUUGAGGACAAUGGUCCUUCCCCAAUCAUACUAACAGCCAAUACAGAAACCAAUUCUGAAUUGAAAGACAAUAAUUCAGAUUUCACCAACAAAGAACUUCAGGAAAAAGGUGACCAGUCUUGUGAAAAAAUAAACAAUUCAACAAUGGAAAAUGGGAAAAUACCAGCAGAAUAUGAUCUUGAUUCGAAUGAUAUAAUUAUUGAAGAUGUCAACAUGAGAAAAAUUGAAGAUGAUGAAGCAGUCAAUAAGGAAACAGAUGAGGAGACUGCUCAUGAUAAUGUCUCUUCAAUUCAGCACGAAGGAGUGACACAGGAGUUCACACAGGAUUUAAAUCUGCAUCUGACUAUCGAAUCUCAAUUGUUUGAUUCUUCAAGCUUUCCUCCUGCAGAUGACAGUCAAUGUCUGGUGAUAGAUGAAGAACUAGAAUCUGUUGGGACAUUGAGGCUUAAGAAAUCUAAAUCUGGCUUUCCUAUGAUGGAGGAUGACCAAAGGGGAAUCACUGAAAAUGUUCGCGAUCACAUUCACGGCAGUAUUACUGAACCGAAACUUCAUUCAGACUCUGGAAAUGAUUGUUCGACCGGUACAAAGCAAAAUGAGGGGCCAAAAUCACCUAAUAGCACUUUCCAGUCAUCUGAAAAUGGUUUCGAAGAUGCACGCAGUUUAGAAACAAUAUCUGUUACUAAAGAUAUGAUAACCGAUGAAAUAGUUGAUAAUAUACAUGAAAGUAAUAUUCCGAAACAAAAUUUAGAAUCUCAAGCUGGUUCGAAUGAGAAUUCUUACGUCGAAAUCAAGAAUCCAAAUGUGGAUACUCGACAAUCCACUUCAAUUGAAUUGGAACAAAACGUAGCAGAUUCUUCUGGUUCAGAACGUAUGGUCACUGCACCAUCUCCACAUAUAUUUGAAUCCUGUUCAAUAACAGAUCAUCAGCCCGUUGUAGAGAGUUCUAAUUCAUCAUCAAAGACUGGAGGAAAUAAUUCAAAUCCUCCCGCAACCAAUCACAUGAAACAUGAUAUAAACAUAUCAGGUUCUAACCAUAAUGAAGUCCCUCAGUCAGAGUCUGACCGAAAUCCUGUAGGGUCAACCUCAAAAUCGAUUGGAAGUCAAGAUAUAUCUCCCUCUAUGCAAAGCACCUAUAUUGAUGAAAACAACAACAAUAAUUCUCCCCAAAAGAAGCAGAUUGUAGAUGACACAUUGGACUCCAUGGAUGGUUCAUUGCCGAUACAAACAGGAGAAUCUUACGAUGCCUCUGCUGAAUAUUCGUCACAAGAUAGGGAUGAGAAUCUGGUGGAUUCACAAAGUUUAAUGAUUGGAGAUUUAGAAACUCAGCCUUUUUCAAUGACUCCUUUGAGAGGUUCGAAAAUUUCGACAUAUGAAGAUUCUCAAUCUCUUAUUGCAAAUGGGUCAGCAAGUUCACCAGCACUAGAUACAGAUGCAAAUCUAACUGAACAUAAUAAAGUUAAACAUACUGACGACACAUUGGUGAAAGAUAUUGAAGAUAUAAUAAAUGGAAUUAUAAAUGAAGUUGAAAAUCCAAAAAUCGUUUCUAUCUCAUCUCCCAAUAAUCCUGUCACAGAUGAGCGGUCUGAAGGGUCAAAGAUCACAAGAUUUAAUUCUGUAAAUAAAGGAAAUCAUCAAAAUGAACCACUAAACAAUCAAAAUGUUUUGAAUGAGUCUGCUUUGAAAUCUUACGACUAUCUCUCCCAAUCUCAACCGUCCCAGGAUAUUCAUUUGAAAACACCAUUCCUCAGUCCUGUAAGUCCAGUUGUUGCAAAAGAGAAGAAAUCGGUUCGACGACGAAGUAAAGAUAAAAAACAAAGAAAGGAUAAACCAUCUCAUAUGGACAUGGACAGUAAUAAUAAUAAUGUCAACAACAAAGACAAUGCGAAUGAAGAGCAUGAUAAGAGUUCCGAUACUUUACCAUUGGAUGAUAAUGAUCAAUCUCCUGGACCAGAUUCUGAUCCACUGAUAUCACCAAACAAAAGUGGGGUUCAUAUUUUAUACAGAGUAACAAGGAAUGCUGUUGUUGAAACCUUGGUGAAUGGAGAAGUCGUUGAAACUAAAACUGUUCAUAAACGACCAAAAUAUUAUAAAACAAAUCCAUACCAUCACACAUCAUCUCAAUCUUCAAAUGGAUCGGGAUAUCUUGCAGACACAAGCUCCAUAUCAAGAACUUCAUCUGAUUCUUCCACACAGACUCAAUUGAGCAAUUCACCAGGUCGCCAAACAAGACGGACAAGCCAUGACCCUGUGUCACUGACAACUGAGCUCAGUGGUGGAAGCAGCUCGAGUUCGAAUUCAUCCAGUGUCUUCCUGAUUCCUGGAUCCAGUGUUCACCCUCCAAGAUCCACAAAAUCAUUAAGGGAACACCAGAAUUUUUCACCAGAUACAAAGUCUACUGACAAUUCAAUUUCUCCUUUUGUGUCAAGUAGUAGCAGUAGUAGUUCAACUUCAAGUCCUUUGAAACUGACAUCCACCAACACUUUUAGUACAGUAACAAGUCCUGUUUCAGCAGGAUCUUCUCCAGCUUUGAAAGAGGGUCGAGUUGUUCUUACCCCACUUUCUACAGAAUUAAUUUCUUGCCAAAUUGGGGCUCUGGGUAACAAAAUGAGCGGGGACAUCGCUACCCCACCAACAAGUAACAUCAAUCCACCGCUAUCAGGAAGCACUCCCAUGAUAUUAUCACAAAAAGAUGAUUCUGCUUCGGACAUAACGACAUCAAAUUCACCAGAAAUUCCUUUUCCUGUUGAUUCUCUUCAUGGUACUGAUAUGACGUCGUUUCCUUUCGAUAAUAGUUCGACUGUGAAAGGAGACGAAAGUGUGAAUGGAAAUAAAGAGUCGACUUCUGAUCCUUCAAGAAUUGAUCUAAGUAUACCUGUCCUUGCUCGACCAGCUAGAGAGUGCUACUAUUACCCUGGUCUGUUGCAAACUAAAGAUUCUGAAUCUGGGAAAUACACUGUGUAUUUUGAAGAUGAUGGACGAGACAGACAAAUACGAGAAACUGAUAUUUUAUUAAUCGAUAUGUUGCCUGUUGGGCAAGAAGUUUAUGCUCAGAGUGACUCGGAUGAUUCUGCUGAUUGGUGGUACAGUGCAGGCACAAUAGUGAGUUACUGGAGAGAUGAUGAUGAUAAACGAGGAUAUGUCAUAACUAAACCUGCAGCCGGAAAUAAUAAGACUAAAAGGUACACAAGGAAACAAGUUAUUGUAAAGCUUGAAAACUUGUCAAACGAUUUAAAGUUAUUGAAGCUGCAGCCUGCAUCUGGUCUCACUACAGCAGAUGUUAGUUUGGAUAACAUCAUGGAUGGUAAGAGACGUACACGUCGGUCAAGAGCAGCUGAUUCUGCUGUGAGCAGCCCUGCCGCAUCCAGACCAGGGACGCCAUCUUCCACGACUUCUAAAACUCCCCGUUCCUCAAGAAAACGUCGAGCAGAUUCAGAAUCUUCUGAGUCAUCUUCCUGUGUUCCUUUCCCAACAACUAAGAAAUCAAAACGAGGGAAACUUAGUUACGGGAGUCCAAGAACUCCAGCGAAACGAAAAACUUCGAAUACACCAUCUAAAGCAUCCAUGACAUACAAAGAAAGCAAACUAUUUGAGAAAUGUGGAUUUUUACUGACUUCAACAACAGGAAAAGAUCAUCCAUCAUCCGAGUUUGAUUCACCUCCUUGCACCAAUAUUUAUGGAUAUGACAGGGAAGUGUUGAAGAAACAAAUCAAUGCUGGGGAUGGUGUUGUUGUCAAGGAUUUCACACAGUUGAUGUCAUGUGAUCGAAGUGAGCUUUAUGUCGUAUCAGAUAAUUUUUGUCGAACAAUGAAUUAUUUCAACGCACUAGCUGCGGGAAUCCAAUGCAUAUCUUAUAUCUGGAUCAAUGAUUCAACAAACGCUGGGAGAUUAAAAGCAAUAAAAUCCUAUGUUUUGCCCGCUGGAUACAGUUUGCAACAUAUGGGGAUUGUGGAAAGACCAAUAUCUCCAAUCCAACCACUGUCUGGUAUUCGUGUCAGUUUACAUAUGAGAGAUCUAGCAACAUGGAAUCCUUUACUGUGCAUUGCUGGUUGUAUAUCAGUUUCAACAAGGAAGGAUAAAUUGAAAACUGAUUGUUCUCUAUCGUGUGACAUUGUGGUUGCUGAUUCAUCAUGUGAUCAAAGUAUCAUGGAAAGAGCGGAGAAACUCAAGAUUCCUGUCGUGUCAAUAGAAUGGGUCAUCCAGUGUCUUAUAAACAAUAAAAAAUUACCUUUUAUUGGUCAUUCUCAAUAUUCUAGGUUUACUUGAUCAACUUUUAAUAAUUCCAUUUUCUACGAGUUUGGUAAAAAUACGUAAAACCUGUAACUAUCCAAUUAAUUCAUUAAUUCAAUUCAUUAAUAGGAAUUAAUGAAUGAUAGGAAAGGUGUUUAAGGCUUUAUCAAUGUUGCGAAGCUAAUCCUAUUGCGAGUUGAAAUUAUCUGACUUACCUGACAUAGUCAAGUUGCAAAAAUACGACUCAAAAGACUUCAUUUCGAACUGCAUUUUAAGGUUUAGAAAUGUUGCAAAUCGAUACAAGUUGCUCUGAAAUAUAUAUGUUUUCUUCUGGUCCUCAGAAAUAGAUUUAUUUAACAGUUUUGUUCAAUCAUUAUUAGGUAAAUUAUUCAUACAGUUUUUGUGUAAAAUCAUCAAAGCCAUUGUUCUUGUUCUGCCAAAUCGUGCAAUAUUUAAUUCACUGCUGGUUCUGUACUCAACCAUUUCAAAUUUGUUAAAUUCUUGCUUAUUCUAAUGAUGGCCAAUGUUAUAAAUGAAAUAGUUUGAUUUGAAGUUGAAAUGCAUUUAAAUAUAACAAUGGAGUUGUUCUGGAAAUGUUUUUAAUACAAAAAUAUGAUUUUAAAUCAAUGCAAACGUGGUGCAUUGGAAUGUCUUAUUGGUGCUUGUGCUGUGAAUCUCAUAUCUCUGUUUCAAAAAUAUAAUUAUCACAUUGUUUGAUAUGGGUCUGACAGAUAGUUGCCAUCAUUUAAUUUUUGUUUUGUUUCGUAAUUGCUGUAAUAAACAACCCGCUGUCUUUUUUAUAUUGAAAAAAUAAACCAAAUGCCAAAUUUUUGAAUGAAAAUUUGAUAACGUA